UUUUUUUUUGGAAUCGAUCGUUUAUCACCAUAAUCCCCCUCCCUCCACUUUAAACCAAACCUAACCAGAAACAUCCCCAAACUCGCCGAGCACUUUCCCUUCCCUCUGCAUAACCUCAGCACCGUCUCCCCCUCCUAUCUCAAGCCCUCCGCGCCUUGCUGAGGAGGAGGAGGAGGAGGAAGAAGAGCAGCGGCGGAGCAUCGAGCGCGGAAGAUGGAGGUCUCCACGGACCAGCCGCGGUGGGUGAGCCACCACCACCCGGCCGUGCUCAAUGGGCAGCACCCGGACUCGCACCACCCCACGCUUGGCCAUACCUACAUGGACCCCACGCAGUAUCCUCUCGCCGAGGAGGUGGAUGUACUUUUUAAUAUCGACGGACAAGGCAACCCCGUCCCUCCGUAUUACGGCAACUCCGUGAGAGCCACCGUGCAGAGAUACCCCACGGCCCACCACGGGAGCCAGGUGUGCCGCCCCCCGCUGCUGCACGGCUCGCUGCCCUGGCUGGACGGGAGCAAAGCGCUGAGCAGCCACCACAGCGCUUCCCCCUGGAACCUCAGCCCUUUCUCCAAGACCUCCAUCCAUCACAGCUCACCGGGACCCCUUUCCGUCUAUCCACCCGCCUCCUCUUCCACUUUAUCAGCCGGCCAUUCCAGCCCGCACCUUUUCACCUUCCCACCGACCCCUCCUAAAGAUGUGUCCCCGGAUCCGUCCAUCUCCACCCCCGGCUCCACCGGCUCCACCCGGCAGGACGAGAAGGAAUGCAUCAAAUACCAGGUGUCCCUGGCCGAUACCAUGAAGCUGGAGUCUUCCCACUCUCGGAGCAGCAUGGCCUCUUUAGGAGGAGCCACCUCCUCCGCGCACCACCCCAUCACUACCUACCCACCGUAUGUCCCAGAAUAUGGCUCUGGACUUUUUCCCCCCAGUAGCCUCUUAGGAGGAUCGCCCACGGGCUUCGGGUGUAAAUCGCGACCGAAAGCACGGUCAAGCACAG